AUGGCCGAGACAGUGGGCACCCAGGUGCAAACAGAGGUCAUACUCUCGAGCUCUGAAGUCGAUAAAUACCUCCACAAAGAUGUCCAGAAAGAGGCUGCACUGGCCGCGAUGGCAGCUAAUUAUGAUCAUCAAAGAUUCAAACAGCUAGAUACUUACGACGGCGAGUUCGCAAAGUAUUUCAAGGCUAUCAAAGAUGAAAAAAGAAAAGCCAAGUUCACCAAGGAGACCUUGGAAACUGCGAAAGCUCUUCAGCCGGCCAUUGACUACUACGUUAAGGUACUGCCCAACGAGCUCCUCGGCCUGCCCUUUUUCUGCGACAAGAACGAGAGUGCCCAUAGCGCCCAUUUUGGCUCAUUGCCGUCGGUAGAGGAGUCUGAUUUUCGACGUGGUCUAUACCGGCUCCAAGCAAUUUGUGAGGUUACUCGCCAAUCCUACGACCGAGGACGCGGUAACAUCAUGAGCCAAUACCAUCAUGAUAGAGACAAGAUGUCGCCCUAUUCUAGUAUGGAGCUAAGCCAAGCCAACUUGCUGUAUGAAAUGCUUUUCUAUCGCAUGUUUCAAAUCUGCGACAAGCUCUUUGACAGCAUGGAGGAAAAGGAAUGCAGGCCCAAUCCGGUGGCCCGGAAGUCGCGCGAAAAGAAGAUCGUCCAUGGCAUCGUAUGUCAGGGCCUACAAUUCAUGUACGAGUUUGAAACGCAAACCACCGAUGGGGUCAGGGAGGAGCUUGUCCAGAAGAUCAGCAAAGGUCACUGGGUUAGGCCACGAUUCUGGCGCGACCAUAUCCAGCGGAAAGAGUCUGUGAUAAUCGACUCGGGUAUACUCCACGUGCUUGUCGAGACGGUCCCUGUCAAGAAUGUAAUGUCAAGCAUGUAA